UCAAGAGCACCUUCAACAUUGGUUUGACGACACGCAUGUCGCGUACACUUGUGCACGCACACGCGCGUGCCCGAUCUGACGCACAGGGUGAUUUUGCCUGCAGUGGGUGGGAGCUUAGAUUGUAAAAGAAAGUGAAACUCAGCAGCGGGAACAUGAGGGAAGGAUGACAAAGCUAAUAUGAUCGAGGUUUAAAAGACGUUUCGAUUGGUCUAUAUUCUGGAUACGUCAUCCCGGCAGGCAUUCAACCCUCUCAUCAGGGGGUCCAUCUUCCGCUCUGCAGGUUAAAGGACAUUUCCUCCACAAUGGUCUUGGUUAGACUGUUGGUGCCGUCUCUAUUUCUGAUGUCUCUGGUUGAGUCGCAGCCCGCCCAGAGUUCCCAGCAGGCGUCUAGCCCUCCUCACCCCGCAGGAGAACAGUCUCCUUUGGGGACCGACACUCUGUCCUUCCCUUGGAGCCGUCUUCGCCUGCCAAGGUACAUAAUUCCACUUCACUACCACCUCCUCCUGCACCCUAACCUCACCAGUCUCCACUUCACUGGCUCAGUGCAGAUUCAGAUCGACGUCCAGAACAACACAAACUGGGUAGUAUUACACAGCAAGGGCCUGCAGAUCUCCAAGGCGACCAUAGUGGACCAGAACCUGGGCCGUCCGUCUGAUAAGGUUCUUCCAGUUCUUCAUAACCCUUCCCAUGAGCAGAUUGGCAUUUUCUCUUCCAGGGUGCUCAGCAGCGGGCAGAAGUACUUUCUGAAUAUUGAGUUUGGGGCAGAAUUGUCAGAAGGCUUCUAUGGCUUUUAUAAGAGCACCUACCGAACCAGCACGGGAGAAACCAGAACAUUGGCUUCAACUCACUUUGAGCCCACUAGUGCUCGGAUGGCAUUCCCUUGUUUCGAUGAGCCGAGCUUCAAAGCUAACUUCUCAAUACGGAUCAGGAGGAGUCCGGAGUACAUCUCUCUGUCCAACAUGCCUGUAGUUAACACUUUUGAAGUGAACAACGGCGUGCUCGAGGACCAGUUUGAUGCCAGUGUAAAGAUGAGCACUUACCUCGUAGCUUUUGUCAUCUGCGACUUCAAAUCUGUCACUGCAAGAACGUCUUCUGGGGUGCAGGUGUCCAUCUAUGCCUCCCCUGAAAGGUGGCCACAAACCCACUAUGCCCUGCAGGUUGCUGUCAAAAUGCUAGACUUCUACGAGGAAUAUUUCAACAUCCAUUACCCUCUACCCAAACAAGAUCUGAUCGCCAUACCAGAUUUCCAAUCUGGUGCAAUGGAGAACUGGGGCCUGACCACCUACAGGGAGACCAGCCUACUCUUUGAUCCACUCACGUCCACCAUUUCUGAUGAACUCUGGGUUACCAUGGUGAUUGGGCACGAGCUCGCCCAUCAGUGGUUUGGUAAUCUGGUGACCAUGGAGUGGUGGAACGAUAUCUGGCUGAAUGAAGGAUUUGCCAGAUACAUGGAGUACAUCUCAGUGGAGGCCACCUAUCCUGACCUCAAAGUGGAGGAAUAUCUCCUGGACACGUGUUUUUCAGCAGUUGGUCACGAUUCGUUGAACUCUUCUCGGCCAAUAUCCAGCCCAGCAGAGAACCCCACUCAGAUCAAGCAGAUGUUUGACACAGUCUCCUAUGAUAAAGGAGCAUGUGUCCUUCACAUGCUGCGACACUUUCUGACCGAUGAUGUGUUCCAGCGGGGGAUUGUACGAUACCUCCGCAAAUACAGCUACAGGAAUGCACACAACCAGGAUCUGUGGGACAGCUUAGCCAAUACAUGCUCCGAGGAGGACUUCAUCUCAGGAAAACACUGUUACAGCAGCAACCAGGCAUCAAAGAAUGCAUACCUGUUUGCAGGUGAGCACAUGGACCUGACAGCCAUGAUGAACACCUGGAUUCUGCAGAAAGGCAUCCCCCUGGUAACUGUAACCAGGAAAGGGCCCAAUCUGCUGCUGAAGCAGGACAGGUUCCUACGGACAGUGCUGCCUUCUGACCGUCUCUGGUCAGCUUUGCAACAUGGUUUCCUUUGGCACAUCCCCCUGACUUACAAGACACAGGCUUCAGGCACCAUCCACAGACACCUGAUGACAACACACACAGAUAGUAUACAUAUAGGGGAAGACGUCAGCUGGGUGAAAGUAAACACUGACAUGACCGGCUAUUAUGUGGUUCAUUAUGAGGAUGGUGGUUGGGACGAGAUGACUGAGCUAUUGAGGGAAAACCACACUGCUCUCAGCUACAAAGACAGGACUCACUUGAUACACAACGCCUUUCAAUUGGUCACGGCAGGUCAUCUGCCGCUCAAUAAAGGCUUAGACCUUAUUGGUUACCUGCAGUUGGAGACACACACUGUGCCUCUUCUACAAGGACUUGGCUAUCUGGAGGCCUUCUACAGGAUGAUUGAGAAAAGGAAUGAAUUGGAAGUAAUAAGCAACCUACGGAGGCACAUUCUGCAAUUUUUCCGUGCGGUCAUUGACCGUCAGACGUGGAGCGACAGUGGCUCCGUGUCCGAGCGCCGGCUGAGGUCAAAGCUCCUGUCACUGGCUUGCCACCUGGACGAUCCUCGCUGUCUGGGGCGGGCACAGGCGAGCUUCAAAGACUGGCUUCAGUCCAAUGGCACACUCAACUUGCCAACUGAUGUGGCAGAGACGGUGUUUUCAGUUGGAGCUCAAGAUGACCGUGGCUGGGCUUCACUGUUACACACAUACAACAUCUCUCUCUCUGCAGCGCAAAAAAGCCAAGUCCUGUUUGCCUUGACCUGCAGCAGAGACACAAAAAAACUACACAGACUGCUGCAGUUGGGUCUUGAGGGGAAGGUGAUUCGAUCCCAGGACCUGUCAUCUCUCAUCCUGAUGGUGGCCAGGAACCCGCAGGGACAUCACCUCGCCUGGAACUUUGUCAAAAAGAACUGGGACACGCUCGUUCAAAAGUUCCAGUUGGGCUCAUUUUGUAUUAGAAACAUCAUCGUGGGCACCACAGGCCAGUUCUCCUCUCCAGAGGAACUCGCUGAAGUGCAGUUGUUCUUUGAGUCCAUCAAAGAGCAGGCGUCUCAGCUGAGAGCAUCUCAGGUUGCCCUGGACAACGUGCAGAAAAAUGUCCGCUGGUUUCAGAGGAACCUAGAGACUAUGAGAAACUGGUUGAACAAAACAUUACAGUGAAAGACUGCAGAUGAAAGAGAGGUGAUGAUUAGACACCAAAGCGAGAUUAUUUGGGAUGUUGUACUUUUUUUAAACUUGUUUUUUAUGUGUACAAUUUCACAGAAAAGCUGACAAUUUUUAAUAUAAUUACUGUUUUCUAAAUAAGCAGAGAUUUAUUGGUUUGACCCAGAUA